UCUGAUUGAACAACUCAGCCAGUCAGACAGUGAUAACUAGGAAAGCUAUUAGCGCCAAAAUACACCAAAUUAUUGAUAGCAUAACUCUACUUUAGCCACGGAGGAUGUUUCCAUGGUGAUCAAACUUUACGUUUAACGACACUUUACCAUGACAACAUACUAGCUAGCUGCUGAUGUUAGCUUCGAGGAUGUACUAGGAGUUAUAUGCUAGCCGUUUAAUGGUUUGUUACACCCACAGCCUGAUUACUAAUGUGAACAGAGAUGUCAUCGGGGUUUCAGACCUCCGAUUCUCAGAGUAUUGGGCUUCCCAGUAAUAAUGGCGCUCACGUUUUACAGUUUGAAUCCCCACCGAUCAAUACAAAACGACCACAAGGCGAAACAGGGGUUCAUGACGCGUCUCCUCGGCUGAGAUUUGACAGCCUGACACUGGAUGAAUUAAGUGAGGAGCUUGAUAGGCGCACUAGAGAAACCCAGAGGCUUCAGGAUGAGGUGGAAAAUGCAACCAAACUAACCUUGGAGAGGUUUGGCCGCAUCAGCUCACCUGGACAAAGCUGUCACAACCACAGGUCCAAUGUCUAUUACUCAUCUGGGAAUUCCACUGUUCCUUCAGUCCAGCAGCAGGCAGUGAAUCAGCCCCUGGUCUGUGAUCUUGAUAGUUUAAACCAAGCUGUGGCCCAAAGGGAUAUCUGCUCUCCUGGAGAGGAGGUGUUUGAAAAUGUAAAAGAUGGCCGUCUGCAACAUCUGUCUGACUUGCAGCUCAACAAGACACAUGAUCAACCUGUACAAGAGAAACUCAGUUGUGACAAAACCAUCAUGAACCUGCAGAUGAAGUUGCAUAAUGUCCAGAUGGAGAAGGAUGUCCUGUCCGACCUCAGAUUGAAGGAUUCGACAGAACAUGUUGGUCAGAUGGAAAAGAUGCUGUGCAUGUUGGAGGAGCUCCAAAACAUCAAAAGGGCCGGGGACCAGAAACUGCAGGAGACGGAGGAUGAGGCGCUGGCGCUUAACAGGAGAGUAGAGAUGUUGGAACAAAAUGUAAAGGAGAUGUACGCCUCACUGUUAUCUCAAGAGAAACAGUGUGGAGACAACACCAUCACCAGUCCUAACAUCGCCAAGUUAACUGAGGAAUUUAACAAUGAGACAGACAAGCUACAGGGGAGACUUUAUAUGUCAAUGGAACACCGGGGCAGUGAAGAAAACAGUGGAGUCAAUGAGUAUAAAGAAAGCAUGGAAGACUUGAUUGCAAGUCUUGGCCAGGAGGUGGGGCUGUUGACCGACAAACUGAGCUCAUCGACAAACAACAGCAUCAGCUUAAGUGUCAAAUUAGAGCUGCUCAAGAAACUUGCAGAGAGACAAACAUCAGUGCACCAGUGUCAGGUCACUGAACUUGCAUCUGCCCUCUCCAGCCAUAAAGAUAAGGUUUGUUGUCUGGAUCAGCAGCUCAUUCAGGCUCAGUCCCAGCUGGUGGAUGCUCAGAGACAGAAGGAGCGAUCUUCACAACAAACAGAGGAGCUUCAGUCCCAGCUCAGCCAACUCAAGAGGUGCGGUAAGCAGCAGCAGUGUGAGCUCCAGGAGGAGGUAAAGGUCCUGAGAGGACAGCUGGAGGCAGCCAGGGAGCAGCUUGGCAGAGCUGGGGAGGAGAAAACCUGCCUGCAGGCCCUGCUGGAGCAGAGGGCCCAGGAGGGGAGGAAAUCCCAGGAACUCCUGGAGGAGAAAAACAAGGAACUUCAGCUCAGGCAGCAUGAAGCCCAGCAGCAUCUUUCCAGGUUGGAAGAGGCUCAAAACCAGUGCCAGACCCUGCAUGCAGACACAGAGACACUGAGGCUGAAGCUGGGUGACCGAGAUAAGAUGAUAGAUAUUCUGAGGUUGCAGAUGGAGAACAGCAUCCAGAUGACGGUGCAGCACAGCCACACCGCUGACAGUCUUCACCAGGAGAACAACCUCCUCAGCAACCAGCUAAACCAGCACAAGUUGGAGAUUCAGCAGCUCAGGGCCGAGUUAAACCAGCGCGAGUCGGACCUGGCCGCUGCGAAGCAGGAGAGGCGGCGGCUGCAGGCCUCUGUGACUGAACAAAGUCAGCAUGUUCAGGAGCAAAGUCUGGAGAAACAGCAGCUCACCACCCAGCUGGAGCUCCAGCAUGUGCAGUUACUCACCCUCACAACGGAGCGCAGGCAGCUGCAACAGCUCCACAGCUGUAAGGAGGAGGAGCACAAGGGUGUGGUGCUGAGGCUUCAGAGUCAGCUAAGGAACGCCCACGAUGAGCUGGAUCAGGUCAGGAGUACCCUGAGGACCCUGGAAGGAGCUGAAGGACACGGCCUCCGAGCGGCGAUGGACAUGCAGGAGAAGAUCACUGCCAGGAGGGAGCAGAUCGACUCCCUGCAAAGCAAAAUCCAACAUUUAGAGGAAACCGUGGAGAAGCUGCACCAGGAAAAGCACUACCAGAGCCUAGAGCACCAGCGUCAGCUCCAAGAACUUACCCUCGUCAGAGAGGAGAAGAGACAACUUGGCAGUGAGCUGGAGGCCCUUCGUUCCAAAGAUGAACAGUUGAGGGGCCGGAUCAGCCAGCUGGAGGCAAUCCUUCAUAAGAUGUCAGACAGCUUUGCAGACUGUCAAGAUUUCAUCCAGCUGCAGGAGCAGGAGUUUUUCCGUCUAAAACUCCAACAUGCCCUGGACUUGAAGGAGCUCCAAGGUCAAAAUUUGGACACAGCUCAGAAUGUACUUCCACCUGACCAGGCGCCCCCGCACCAAUCUGCACUCUCUGCUCCACCCUCCUCCCAGCACGCCUCCGACACCCAGAUCACGCCAAACAGGCAGCAGGAGAGCCCGGCCUGGGAGCUCAGGUCUCUCGUCAAGGAGCUGCGAGGGGUGAUUUCGGAGAACCAAAGACCACACACAGAUAACAACGCCACUGGCGGCAGCUUCCACAGGAGGAGGUCCGCACCGGAGAGAGUGCACAGAACCACAUUCAGUACUGACAAGCUUGAAGAAGUCAGGUCUUGCUCCAGAUUCAGAAGAAAAACCUGCGGCAGUGAGGCCCAUUUCCUGAAGACAGCUGAGCUGGACAGCAAAGUAAUCAACAACAAAUGUUCCAGUAAGAGCCCGGUUAUAACAAGUCCAGCAACUGCAGCGAGGCACACUUCCCUCCUACAGCUACUCUCACUGGGCCGCAGGUCCCCCGUCCAUUCUCUCCUGACCUCUGACGCAAAAAGCCAAGAAUGACCAGCAUAACACCAGGACUUGAGGCUGGCUCCUCUUAUCAAAAACUCCUGUUUUAUGUCAAAAGGCUCCCCAGAUGAAGAUGGUUUUAUAAAAUCACCAAUCAAGUUUAUUUUUGUAAUUUAUGUUUUAAAUAAAGUUUUUUCAAUGGA